UUGUGCAGCGUACGGCGGCUCUCUCAUCGAACAUUGUCUCAUGGCGGUCGGGUUGCCAGGUCUCUGUAAAGUGGACAGCCAGUUUGAAGUCACGCAGGUAAGUCCGAAGAUCCUGGAGGCCUUGCAGAUGGCUGAAGAUUAUAUGGAGAAAACGGCCAACUUCAGCGGAAGGGGCUACAUCAUUCAGAAGAGUGAGAAGAAGCCCAGCAUGAGUCCAGAUGAAGCUGAGGAAGAGUUGCUCACAUAUGAAGAAUUUCAUCCAUUUCUGUUUUGUCAACAUGAAAAAAGCCGCUCUGUUGAGUUUGAGUCUUUUAACAAGGCAGUGGAUGAGUUCUUCUCUAAGAUGGAGAGUCAGAAGCUGGACGUGAAAGCGCUGCAGCAGGAGAAACACGCGCUGAAGAAGCUGGAUAACGUCAGACGAGAUCACGAGCAGCGGCUGCAGGCGCUUCAUCAGGCUCAGGAAGUGGACCGACUGAAGGGAGAGCUGGUGGAGAUGAACCUUCACAUAGUGGACAGAGCUCUUCAGGUGGUGCGCAGCGCUCUGGCCAAUCAGGUGGACUGGGCCGAGAUCGGUCAGAUCGUGAAGGAAGCUCAGGCGGCUGGAGAUCCCGUGGCCUGUGCCAUUAAAGAGCUCAAGCUGCAGAGCAAUCACAUCACUAUGCUGCUGAAAAACCCGUACGCUGGUUCUGAGGACCGAGAGGCAGAAGACACGGAUGUCAGAAAGACUGCGGAGGCAUCGCAAGCGCAGAAGGGGAAAAAGGGUAAGAACAAAGACAAAGGACAGAAAGGAAAAGUCGAGAAGGACAAACCGGUUCUAGUGGACGUCGAUCUGAAUCUCUCGGCUUACGCCAAUGCAAAGAAGUAUUACGACAGCAAGAGAAGCGCGGCCAAGAAAGAGCAGAAAACUGUGGAAGCGGCACAGAAGGCCUUCAAAUCUGCUGAGAAAAAGACCAAACAAACACUUAAAGAAGUGCAGACAGUGACCAGCAUCCAGAAGGCCAGGAAGGUGUACUGGUUUGAGAAGUUUCUGUGGUUCGUCAGCUCCGAGAACUACCUGAUCAUCGCAGGACGAGACCAGCAGCAGAACGAGAUGAUCGUCAAGCGCUACCUGAGAGCAGGGGACGUUUACGUUCACGCCGAUCUGCACGGAGCCACGAGCUGCGUGAUCAAGAACCCGUCUGGCGAGGCUGUUCCUCCGCGGACGCUCACCGAGGCCGGGACGAUGGCCGUGUGCUACAGCGCAGCGUGGGACGCUAAAGUGGUCACCAGCGCGUGGUGGGUUCACCAUCAUCAGGUGUCCAAAACCGCGCCGACGGGAGAGUAUCUGACCACCGGCAGCUUCAUGAUCAGAGGGAAGAAAAACUUUUUGCCCCCUUCAUAUCUGAUCAUGGGCUUUGGGUUUCUGUUUAAGGUGGAUGAUCAGAGUGUUUUUAGGCAUCGUGGAGAGAGGAAGAUGAAAACCCUGGACGAGGAAGAGGACAUGACCUCCAGCUCUGCAGAUCUCCUGGAGGAAGGAGAAGAACUCCUAGAUGAGGACAGUGGGAACGAGCACGAGGAGCAGCGGGAGUCUAGCGGGACGCCAGACGAGAUGACCACAUGUGCAAACAUCAGAGACGAGGACGAAGCAGAAGACGACGAGCAGCCGGCCGAGGAAGAGAACGCAGCAGAAGAUGGAGACGAGGAAGAUCAGAGCACCGAGAUCAGCUUUCCAGACACCAGCAUCUCUCUGUCUCACCUGCAGCCGCACAGGACUCUUCAGAGCGACGCUUUCAAGCAGGACGAUUCGCAUCAGGUGAACACCGAGACUCAGGUCAAGAAGCACCUGACGGCCAAACAGCGCAGGGACAUGAAGAAGAAGCAGAAACCGGACACGGAUGAUCCGGAGGAAUCCGACUCCAAACCGCCGGAAGCUGCGAGCGUGACACAGACGUGCAGGAACGGAGCGGCCAAUCAGCCGCUGAAGAGAGGACAGAAGAACAAACUGAAGAAGAUGAAGGACAAAUACAAAGACCAGGAUGAAGAGGACCGAGAGAUCAUGAUGAAGUUAUUGGGGUCCGCAGGAUCCAAUAAAGAGGAAAAAGCAAAGAAGGGCAAGAAAGGAAAAAUGAAAGAAGCGGUGGUAAAGAAACCUCAACCUCAUCAGAACGAAGCCGUGAAGCCCAAAGCCGAAAACACCAUCCGGAAGACGGAGGAUGCUGAAGCUGUUGAAGAUCCUGCAGGAGGAGAUCAAGACGUCAAGGAGACGGAGGACGUGGACAAUCCUGCUGCUGAGGAUGGUGAAAACAUUCUGGACUCGUUGACCGGUCUGCCUCAUCCGGACGAUGUGUUGAUGUUCGCGGUGCCGGUUUGUGCUCCUUACAUGGCGCUCUCCAACUACAAGUACAAAGUGAAAUUAACUCCAGGCACUCAGAAAAAGGGGAAAGCGGCCCGCACCGCCGUGCUGAGCUUCGUGCGCGGGAAAGACACCAGCGCUCGAGAGAAGGAUCUCUUCAGGAGCAUAAAGGACACUGAUCUGUCCAGAAACAUGCCUGGUAAAGUCAAGGUUUCUGCACCAAACCUGUUAGCAGCAAAGAAGAAGUGAAGCUGUGGCUGCUGGAUGAUUUCUGCUGAGAGGCACUGAGCACAUCCCACAAUGCUUUCGGUCGCCUUCUGGAAGACUGAAUAUUUACAUUAUAUUGUAUAGCAGAGAACAGUUUAAGCUUCAAGUUUGUUGUUUUUUUCUCUCAUCAAUUCAUUGCAUU